UUCCGAAAUGACUCCUGUAAACUAAAUAACAUUCAUUGACAGUAGUUCUCUGUCAUCUCACCCAUUUCAUUCCGCUGCAGCGGUACAAUAUGUGUAUUUUACAAUCUGUACUUUGAAAACACAUCUAGAUUGAUCUGAGUCGUGUUGGGGUUUGUUAUCACAUCAUUAAUGUGUUACUGUUCCAGUAGAGAAAAAUGAUAUCGUUCGAGGAAGCUAAAGCGAGGUUGGAAAGUGCAGGACAGAGUCAUGUGUUACAGUUUUGGGCAGAAAUUUCUGCAGAUGACAGGAGUGCGCUACUGGAGGAAAUAUGUCAGCUCGAGCCGAAGGAGUUACUCGAGCACUGCCGAGCUGCUGUAGCGGCUGCGAGCCGACACUCGAGUGCUGAUGUUCGGCUGGACGCGCGGAUGGAGCCCGUUGCUCCGGAGUUCAUUGGAAGUGUGCGUAAAAGUGACAAAGAAACACUGCAGAUGUGGAAUGACGAAGGGUUGUUGCAGAUUUCACAGAACAGAGUGGCUGUUUUGCUGUUAGCUGGUGGUCAGGGGACGAGACUUGGGGUGUCAUAUCCCAAAGGAAUGUACAAUGUUGGGCUUCCUAGUGGAAAAACACUGUACCAGAUCCAGGCUGAGCUUAUUCAGAAGGUGCAAGAGCUGGCCAAUGAGAAGCAUGGCUGUUUGUGUACAGUUCCCUGGUACAUAAUGACCAGCGAGUUCACCCUGGGACCCACAGAGAAGUUCUUUAAAGAUAAUGCCUACUUUGGCCUUUGUCCAUCCAACAUGGUCAUGUUUGAGCAGAGGAUGAUACCAGCCGUAGGUUUUGAUGGGAAGAUCAUUCUGGAGAAGAAAAACAAAAUAGCAAUGGCACCAGAUGGAAAUGGUGGCCUCUAUCGCGCCCUAGUGGACAACAAGAUUCUAGAGGACAUGGAGAGAAGGGGGGUGGAGUAUCUUCAUGUGUACUGUGUGGACAACAUCUUGGUGAAGCUGGCAGAUCCGUUCUUUAUAGGCUUCUGUGUAAAUAAAAGAGCAGACUGUGGUGCCAAGGUGGUGAAUAAAGCUUAUCCUGCAGAGCCUGUUGGAGUGGUGUGUCGUGUGGAUGGUCUGUAUCAGGUAAUAGAGUACAGUGAGAUCCAACCAGAGACUGCAGAGCUGCGAGACCCUAGAGGAGAGCUUCUGUUCAGUGCUGGAAACAUCUGUAACCACUUCUUCACCAGAGGCUUCUUACAGGAAGUAACAACAAAUUUUGAGGGGCAGCUAAAGCAGCAUGUGGCUAUUAAGAAAGUGCCAUUUGUGGAUGGAGAGGGGAACCUGGUGAAACCCACCAAACCCAACGGCAUCAAAAUGGAGAAAUUUGUCUUUGACGUCUUUCAGUUCUCAAAGAAAUUUGUCGCAUUUGAGGUGUUGAGAGAGGAUGAAUUUUCACCCCUGAAAAAUGCUGAUGGGGCACCUCUAGACACACCAACUACAGCCCGCCGGUCCUUGUUAUCACAACACUACCGCUGGGUUUUGGCAGCUGGUGGGAACUUUACGGAUGAGCAGGAUAAAUCCAUCGCCUCAAAACACAGUAUGGCACAGAACGAAGAGCCCCCAGCAAUCUGUGAAAUCUCUCCUCUGGUAUCAUACUUUGGUGAGGGUCUGGAGAAGCUGCUGAAACAGAAAAACCUGAAGUCUCCAUUUUAUCUUGAUGUGAAUGAAGCCAAGAAUCUUUUGCAGACCACGUAGUGUUUCACAUAAUCAUGUUAUGCUCCAGCAUGUUAAAGGAAGUCAAAGGGAUGUUUACAAAUCUGUUGUUAAUCCAUCAAAAAACACACAAAAUAUUGUUUUUAUAUCUGAAUUACUGUAACUCGUGAUGAAAGAAAUGACUUUUGUACCAUUGUGGAAAAUAAUACAUGCACAAUAAAUCACUUUUUGAUUUCUA